CAAACCGGCAUGCACUCGUCCUGAAGUGGAUUUUGGUCGAAGGGGGGGAUACAUAAAGAGUGAGGCAGAGAGAAACUGCAAGUUAAUUUGUAACCUCUGAAACACUAAGCAGCUGCGAGGAAAGUUUUAACAGACACCACAAUGGCUGGACUUAAGUACCUGAGUGGUUUCGGGAAUGAGCUGGCAUCUGAAGACCCUCGUUGUCCUGGAUCCCUACCUGAGGGACAGAACAAUCCUCAGGUCUGCCCAUACGGCCUCUAUUCUGAGCAGCUCUCUGGCUCUGCCUUCACCUGCCCACGUCCAGCCAACAAAAGGAGCUGGUUGUACCGCAUCCUUCCAUCUGUUAAACACAAGCCUUUUACCCCAGCACCCUGUGGGGAUCUCACAGAGAACUGGAACGAAGUGGAGCCUGAUCCCAACCAGCUGCGAUGGCUGCCGUUCGCCAUCCCCAAAUCUACAGAGAAGAAAGUGGACUUUGUGGCUGGUCUACAUACUGUCUGUGGUGCUGGAGAUGCCAAAUCUCGCAAUGGCAUCGGCAUCCAUAUGUUCACCUGUAACACCUCAAUGGUUGACAGGUGCUUCAACAACUCAGACGGAGACUUUCUGAUUGUCCCCCAGCAGGGUGAGAUCUUGAUCACCACAGAGUUUGGGAAGAUGAUGGUCGAGCCGAACGAGAUAUGUGUCAUCCAGCAAGGGAUGCGCUUCAGUGUGGAUGUGUUUGGAGCAACCAGAGGCUACAUACUGGAGGUGUACGGAGCCCAUUUUGAACUCCCUGAUCUGGGACCUAUAGGAGCCAACGGUCUGGCCAACCCCAGAGAUUUCCUGUGUCCAGUCGCAUGGUACGAGGAUCGCGAAGUGUCCACCGGUUACACCGUCAUCAACAAGUACCAAGGAAAGCUGUUUGCUUGCCAACAGGAUUUCUCUCCGUUCAAUGUGGUUGCUUGGCACGGGAACUACACACCUUACAAAUACAACCUGAAGAACUUUAUGGUUAUCAACUGUGUGGCCUUCGAUCAUGCGGAUCCAUCCAUCUUUACCGUGCUAACUGCCAAAUCCACACGACCAGGUGUGGCCAUCGCUGACUUUGUCAUCUUCCCUCCAAGAUGGGGUGUUGCUGACCACACCUUCCGUCCGCCAUACUACCACCGUAACUGCAUGAGUGAAUUCAUGGGUCUGAUCAAAGGCCACUACGAGGCCAAAGAGGAAGGUUUCCAGCCAGGAGGAGCCAGCCUCCACAGCAUCAUGACCCCGCACGGCCCCGACGCCGAGUGCUUCGAGAAAAACAGCACUGCUGAGCUCAGACCUGAGAGGGUGGCUGAAGGAACCAUGGCUUUUAUGUUUGAGUCGUCCUUCAGCAUGGCAGUCACUAAGUGGGGUCUACAAACGUGCCAGAAGCUUGACAAGAGCUACUACCAGUGCUGGGAACCUCUCCGCAGCCACUUUAACCCCAACUGGAAGCCAAGCAAACAGUAGAACUGUUAAAUUCAAAGAAAUUUGGACCAGAUUACUGAAACAGAUCUUAUGUGAAAAUAAAAAUCCAAAUUUCACUUCAUUACAAAUAACUACCAAGAAUUUAGUGAUUUCUGCACUUGGCUUUCUUUGUGUUGUUUAGAUCUGUUGACAAAAUUACGGAUGGACUAAAAUUAUUAUAUUCUUACAAAUAACUAAGAUUGGAGUUGCACAAUAAAACAACACCACCUUA